GGAAUUUUUUCUACCUAUAAAUAAGUCUCUCAUUUUAUGAUAAUUUCACAACAUAGAAUAUUGAAAUUUACAACUAUGAAUACCUUCAAGAGAGAUAAUGUUUUGUGUCACAUUUUACUCUAUUCUUGUUUCUUCCUUUGUGCAGGAUUUCCAGUGUAUGCCAUAGACUAUGACUACCAUUUCACUACAAAGUGUUUGGAAGAGCCUUUAAAUCCACAAUAUAGUGGAGGAAUUGCUAAAAAUCCAGAAAUAAAUGAUGGAUUAAAUGGAUGGACAUCAUUUGGAAGUUCAAAAAUUGAGACAAGAACAUCAAAACAAGGCAAUACCUUUAUUGUUGCUUCACAUAGAACACAACCAAAUCAUAGUUUUUCUCAAACAAUUCAUGUUGAGAAGGAUACAAUGUAUACUAUUUCAGCAUGGUUACAAGUGAGCCAUGGAAAAGCUGAUGUUGUAGCAAUGAUUAGAACACCAAAUGGUGAUAUUCCCACAGGUUGGGUUAUUGCAAAAUCUGGAUGUUGGUCUAUGUUGAAGGGUGGUUUUAAUGGGAACUUUUCUGGCCCUGCUGAGUUAUAUUUUGAGAGCAAGGACAUUAGUUCAGUUGAAUUAUGGGCAGAUAGUAUCUCUAUUCAACCAUUUACCUUGUUGGAAUGGAAAGCUCAUCAGGAUCAAAGCAUUGAGAAGACUAGAAAGAGCAAGGUGAAGUUACAAGUUGUUGAUCAUCAAGGGCAACCAAUAUCCAAUGCAACAAUAAUGAUCAAACAAACAAGUUCUUCAUUUCCAAUUGGCAAUGCUAUGAGCUAUCACAUCUUAACCAAUACAGGUUAUCAAGAUUGGUACAAUCCAAGGUUCAAGCUAACAGUUUUCGAGAACGAAAUGAAGUGGUGGGAAACUGAACCACUCCCUAACCAAGACGACUACCAUUUAGCUGAUGCCAUGCUUCAAUAUGUCCAAAACCGGACCAUAUUACUCCGUGGACACAACAUAGUUUGGGAAAAUAGGGAUAUGUUACCUCAAUGGGCAAAAGAUCUACCACGUCCCUUGUUAGCAACCGCGAUUGAAAGGAGAUUUAACUCGUUGGUACCAAGAUAUCGUGACAAAGUUAUACAUUGGGAUGUUGAUAACGAAAACAUGCAUUUUUCGUAUUUGGAGAGUCAAACAGGCGAAAAUACAGUGUAUUAUUACAAGAAGGCUUAUGAUAUGGAUAAAGGUGCACUUUUGUUCUUGAAUGAAUGGGGUACAAUUGAAAAUCCUAAUGAUAUUGUUGCAAGUCCAGCUAAAUACUUAGCUAAAAUUGAGGAAUUUAGAACUUUGGGUUAUAAUGGACCUCUUGGAAUUGGACUACAAGGACAUUUUGAUACUCCAACUAUACCUUAUAUUAGAAGUGCACUUGAUAUACUUGCAACUGCAAAUUUGCCAAUUUGGAUUACUGAGUUAGAUGUUUCAAGCAGACCCCUUCAGGCAGAUUAUUUGAGAGAUAUAUUGGGGGAGCUUUAUACACAUCCAGGAGUACAAGGGAUCAUGUUUUGGUCACCAUGGCAACCACAAGGAUGUUUUAAAAUGUGUUUAACUGAUAAUGAUUUUAAUAAUUUGCCUACUGGGGAUGUUGUGGAUGAUUUCAUGAGGAGAAUAAAUCAUCAAGGAUUAAUUAGCACUACUAAUCAUGAUGGUUAUGUUGAGACUUCAUUAUAUCAUGGAGAUUAUGAAGUCAUAAUUAAACAUUCUGCAAUUAAACAUCAGUCAUUUGCUCAUAAAAUUAAUGUAGCAAAAGGCAAGGAUAGUAGUACCCUAAUCAUGAAAUUGUCUACUUAAAUUUUAAGUUUUUGAUGAAUAAAAUUGUCCCUUCAUUU